AUGAACGGUCUAGCCACCCGAGAGGAGAUCGGCCGGUACAUCAAAGCCUGGACGGAUACAUUCUUCAUUGCUGUGCAUGAAUGGAACUUCAAAGAUGGCGCUUUCAAGCAACAAAUCAAACGCAACACCAAUGUUAUAGACGGCUUUGAUGUCUUCAUAGCUUCUUACGAAUUGACGAAAGAUGAAAAAGUCGUCUUCUCUAAAGCUCGAGCCAGCAUGGUCAAAGUCAUGGUUGAUGGUCUUCGGAUGACUUCCUGUGAAGUGACUCUGGAAAUGAUGAGCUUCACUGAGCGAGUUACCGACAUCUUCCAGGGAGAUUCAAAGGACCGCGGCAAGUACAUUCCGGACGUCAUGGCUCAGAGUUUCGAUGCCAAUGGCAAUAUGGCGGAGACCUUUGAGUUCACCGACGAGGGCGUCAAGGUUACCGCUGGAGGCGAAGUAGGUGUUCCUCCUGAUGCUCCAGAAUCAUUCAAGCAGAAGCAGCGCGAGGAAUGCAUAUUCAACACAGGUAGGAAGAACCCGUUCACACUGACGAUGGUGAGUUUACAAGUUCCCAGAUCUGGCACAUGUUCGCCUAAACUAACUCUGGUCACAGUUCUUUCAAAGAAACCCACCACCGAGAAAGCUGAGAAGGCCGAAUAUGACGACACCUUCAAGAAGAACCUUCGCGGCGCCUUCAUCUGA